AUGCAUCCUCACAGCUUAUUCCAUCUCUGCCCGAGGUCUAUCAUACCAAUCCUGGGCAUUUUAUUGAUGCUGGCCUCUGAAGUUCACACUCAAGGCCGGUUAAAACUGACCGUUCUAUCUGAGGAUAGGCUGCAGAUGAAAUGGAAGGAAGCAGAGGGACCAGUUCAAGGCUAUAAGGUGCGGGUGCGACCUAUAUCAGAGGUGCCCCAGCCAGAGCUGAUGCUGACUACCACGCGAGGCCGAGCCACAGUGGCAGGCCUGGACUCCAAACAGGAGUACCUCCUACAGGUCCUAGUGCUCAACGGAACCCUGGAGAAACUCGUCGCCAAGAGACGAUUCACCAUUAAUGGCCUACGUGAAGAAGAGCUGAUCCGUUCUGGGAACAGAGAGCAGCGGAGAAAAGCACUGGCUGGCGGCUCCGGCUCUGGUGAAAUGGACGACGUGUCAGAGACCCUGUUGUCCCUGCCCACUGUGCUAUACCAGGAGCCUACCACCACGGAGCCUUCUGCAGUAACUGAAAAUGAACUAACGACUGAGAAAAUCCCAAGAGAGAAGAAGAAGAAAAAGAAAGACAAGAACCGCUCGAAGGCAGAGGACAAAGCUGAUCAGGACACUACCAGCAAGGUGCUUGCAGAGGAAGAGAAAGUGAGGAAGGCUGUUCCCACACAGCCAGUAACAGCUGUGUCCACUCGGAAGGCCUUUGAGUGUGGAGCCGGGGCCCAGGCUGACCUGGUCCUGCUGGUGGAUGGUUCCUGGAGCAUCGGCCGGACGAACUUCAGAAAGGUCCGGGACUUCCUGGAAGGCCUAGUCGUCCCCUUCCACAUUGGCCCAAAUGGGGUGCAGAUAGCCCUGUCCCAGUACAGUGGAGAUCCUCGUACAGAAUGGCAGCUGAACAAUUUCACCUCCAAAGACCAGUUACUUGAGGCUGUCCGCAACUUCAGAUAUAAGGGAGGAAACACUUUUACAGGCCAGGCUCUGAUUCAUGUCCUGGAAGAGAAUCUGAAGGAGGAGGUUGGGGCACGAUUACAUGUGCCACAUUUUGUGGUGUUGUUGACUGAUGGGAAGUCUCAAGAUGACGCUAUUGCAGCCGCCAACAAGCUAAAAAGCAUUGGAGUUGAGAUCAUUGCAGUAGGUGUGAAGAACGCAGAUGAGGCUGAGCUGAGGCAGGUGGCGUCAGAACCGCUGGAGCUGAAUGUUUAUCACGUUAAUGAUUUCCCACUGCUCAGUAAACUCGUGGCUCGGCUGGCUCGCAUCCUGUGUGGAAAAAUAGAGGAUCGCAGUAAAGCAAAGAGAAUGGAGCAGCCGACAGAGCAGCCUGCUGUGUCUUACCCCAGCCCCACUGACCUGCGGUUUUCUGAGCUGGGUCCCAGAGAGGUACGGCUCAGGUGGUCGGCCCCCAGCCGUGCGGCCAUGCAGUACAGAGUAGUGUUCCACGGCACGGAGAGCCAGACCCCACAAGAGGUGGUUGUAAAUGGGUCAGACUCAACUGUGCUAUUGACUGGACUGUCAUCGCAGACACAGUAUCACUUGUCGAUUUUUCCUGUUUAUGAGGAAAAUGUGGGCCCUGCACUAAGAGGAACCUUCACUACACUACCACUAGCCAUGCCAGAGGACCUGGAGGUCACUCCCUCGUCCCCCACCAGCCUUAGGGUACGCUGGGGGCCAGCUCUAGGGGCCACACAGUACAUGGCCCUUUACUCUGCUCUCACUGAUGGAGAGCCUGAUGAUGCAAAAGAGGUGAAGUUUGCAGCUGAUCAAACUGAUGUGCAGCUGAAGGAUCUUCUGCCCUCUACUGAUUAUUCAGUGACACUGUAUGCUCUGUAUGACGAUGACCCCAGUGACCCUAUCACUGCCAUUGCCACUACAUUCCCAUUGCCAUCCCCUGUCAGUCUGCAGUUUCCCAUGGUUAGUCACAGCAGUUUGAAAGUCACAUGGGUGCCAGGUGCUGUGGAUGUCCCCGCCCACCGCAUUAUCUACAGCACCAAUCACGGGAGUGACGUCAAACAGGUGGAGGUAAAGGGGGUGAGCUCAGUAUUGCUGCAGAACCUGUCAUCUUUGUCUAGGUAUCUUGUGUCUGUGCAAUCACGUUAUGAUCAGGGAUUGUCUACUCCACUCACAGCCAAUAUCACUACGUUGAAGGUACCUGCUCCAUCUGAACUCAGAGUUACCAACUUCUCAGGAAGUGACAUCACAGUUCGGUGGAAGGCAGCUGCAGAUGAUGUUGUUUCCUACCUAAUCAAAUGGAUCUCUCUCAGUGGAGGGGAUCUUAGACAGCUGAAUGUGGAUGGGGACAGUGAGGGAGCCAUACUUGAGGAAGUUGAGGAUGAUAAGGAGUAUCAGAUAUCCUUAUCCGCCCUCUACGCAGACGGAGCACAGAGUGAGGCUGUGGCCAUUAGAUAUAGCACAUUAUCUGGCGGUGGUCCUAGCAGUGUGACCAUAUCUGAGGAGACGCCCGUCAGUAUGCUGGUCAGCUGGGUUCCUCCUAAUGCCCAUGUGCAGCAGUAUCGUGUGUCUUAUACUGCGCUGACGGGAGAUACUCGCGAGAACACGGUGUGGUUGCCAGGCAAUGAGGCGAGAGUCCUGCUGCAGCCCCUGCUGCCUGACACUCGCUACAGUGUCCUGGUCACUGCCGAGUACCGCAGCCGAGAGGGAGGCAGUGCCUCUGCCCAGGGCAAGACCACUAGUUUGCGUGUGAGCAGUGUGAGUGUGGUGCGUUCUGAUCACUCCAGUAUCUGUGUGUCCUGGAGGCCUGUGGCAGCGGUCACUGGGUACCGUCUCAUCGUCCAGGCCCUCAGAGAUAAGCAGAUGAAGGAGGAGAUUGUAGAUUCCUCCAGCACCAGCCACUGCUUCACUGAGUUGCAGCCUGAGACAGUGUACCGCAUCAGUGUGCACUCCCGCCUACAAGCAGUAGAGGGCACUGCUGUCACCAUUUUGCACUCUACAGCUGCAGCCCCAGCUAGAAUCCCAAUUCCUCCCAGAAUGCAUCCCACACACAAUGAAGUUUGUCCUGAGGUGAACAUCAGAAACAGUCUGGUCAAAGGCUUUAACAUGAUGGAGGCGUUUGGUCUGACUCCAAGAGCUCAUUCUACUGUUGAGGGAGUGGCAGCAGAGCCUUUCAUCUUCAGCAUGCAGCCCAUUUACACAGUCUACAGAAACGUACAACUGACCCAGAGUACACGAUUCAUCCAUCCGGUUGGAUUUGCUCCAGAGCACACUAUAAGUAUAACCUUCAGGCUGCUCCAGGACACACCACGGGAACCCUUUGCCCUCUGGCAACUCACAGACGAUGACUUUCAGCCCAAGAUGGGUGUUGUGCUAGACCCUGAGCAAAAAGUGCUUAUCUACUUCAGUUUGGACUACAGAGGAGAAGUACAAGAGCUGACAUUUGACCAGUCCCAGGUCCACACUCUGUUCUAUGGUAGUUUCCAUAAGGUCCACUUGUCGGUCAGUCAAGUGAGCGUGUCUCUCUCAGUGGACUGUCAGCACAUUGGAGAGAGACCUGCCCGUCCACUGGGAGCCUUGCCCACUGAUGGCUUUGAGAUGUUGGGCAAACUAGUGAAGACCCGUGGGCCCAACAGUGGUUCUGCUCCAUUUCAGCUACAGUCUUUUGAGAUUGUAUGUAACACCACCUGGGCUUCAGAGGACACUUGCUGUGACCUACCUGCACAGAGGGAUGAGGAGAGUUGCCCUGCCCCAGGAUACGCCUGCACGUGCACCUCCAAUAUCCCAGGUGCCCCUGGAGACACUGGCCCACCUGGAAAACCUGGACCUCGUGGGGAGAAGGGUGAAAAAGGAGAAGAAGGCCAGAAGGGUGAAAUGGGCCCACCAGGAAAGACUGGCCCAGAGGGUGCAUUCGGACCUUCAGGUUCUGUUGGUCCUCGAGGCAUGACUGUACAGGGAAAAAUUGGGCCACCAGGGGCAAGAGGGGAGAAAGGAGAUAGUGGAAGGCCUGGCAGCCAAGGUUUACCGGGUCCUCCAGGUCCAAAAGGUGAAGAAGGCAGUCCAGGGCCAAAGGGAGUUAGAGGUGUGGAGGGAAACAUGGGUAGUCCAGGGAUUACUGGACCAAGGGGUUUCCAAGGUAUGCCAGGUCACCCAGGGCCGGUAGGAGAAAGAGGGCCCCUUGGACCAGUUGGGCCUACGGGCCUUCCUGGGAGUAAGGGUGAGAGAGGAGAGAAGGGGGAACCACAGUCUCUUGCCAUGAUCUACCAGCUUGUUACUCAGGCCUGUGAGAAACUUGUGCACAAUGAAGUGCUUAAACUGGACUCAUUCCUGAACGAGAUUAGUCGGAAGCCUGUACCUAUCCAGGAACCAGUUGGACAACCAGGCGAACCUGGUAUUCCAGGUGGUAAAGGUCCACCUGGGCCAAGAGGCCCACAGGGACGACAGGGUGUUAGAGGAGAGCCUGGGAAACCAGGGUACCCAGGGGAACAGGGCCGCAGGGGCAUGCCUGGUGAGAAGGGCUCCCCAGGUGUCAACGUCCAGGGGCCACAAGGGAUUAAAGGAUUUGCAGGACCUCAGGGGGAAGCUAAGUUAGGGGAUCCAGGUCCCAGAGGGGAGGAUGGUAAACCAGGUCCACCAGGUAUUCCUGGAGCUGUGGGUCAGCCAGGUGAGAUAGGGCCUCCGGGGCUGUGUGAUAGCAGUGGCUGCCGACGAGGAGCCUUACCACCAGAAGAUCCAUACUUUGGAUAUGGACCUUGA